CGCCGCCAUUCAAUCUUCGAAACUCCUCCGCCCUCGAUUCACCGCCGCUCACACCUUCGCCGGCGAGAUCGCGUCCGCCUCCGCUCACUCCUUCGAGGUCGCCGUCGACUUGCUCACUCCUUCGCCUUUGAGAUCGCCUUCGACUCGCUCAAUCCUUCGCCUGCGAGAUCGCCGCCGCCGCUCAUCCUUCGUCCGCGAUAUUGUCGGCGCCGCCGCUCACUCUCCUUCGUGCUCGGGAUCGCCUUCGACUCUUCCAAGGCGCUGUGGAGGAGGAACCACAACGCGUCAAGACCGGCCGCGACAGCGAUGUUCAGAAUUACAGAGUUCAAUGAGGACUCGCAGGCCGCAAACUGGGGUAAUGGUGUAACUGGCGAAUCCAGCUUCAGAGAAGAGCUUGGCGAACUGUGGUUCGGUCCUGAUCUUUCCCUCACAAGUCAUCACAAUUACCAUGUCAAAAUACAAGAGUGUUUCAGUGGCGUCACGAUCGUUGCAGCUCUGGUGCCCUACCACCAUGUCUACUAUCAUUAUAUCAGGGAAGAACAGUGGUUCUUCGCGGCAACCAGUUCAAACAGAAGAAGCAGAGUCGAUCGUUGCUCUCAACGGUGUCGUUCCAACAAACAAACAGAGAAGCCCCGCUGCCCCCGACGGUGUCAUUCCAAAGAGCAAAGAUAGGAGCUGGAGUGAUGUCGUUUCUGGCAUAUUUCCACUUAGUCACUGAUCUUUUUAUUUCUGUUGCUUCUAAUUUUGGUAUUGUACUUGCUUAAGACACAAGUCUUGUCUUCUUCCCCAAUCUGUCUGUAAACCCAAACUAUCAGCUA